AUGGAGUUAGGCAAAGGUUUCGAAAUCCCGAAGAAGACGACAAAGUUGACCUACGAUCAGAGAACAGCCACGAAGAAGAUAACAACGUCGAAUAGCUUCGAAGUUCUACAUUGCGAGUCAACGGACCAACCCAAAAUCCCACCAGUGAUCAUACACUAUAACGAAGACUGGAACCAAAUACGUAAGAAGCUGCAACUAAACAACGUAAAGUUCGAUCACUUCACGAGCACCAAAAAUGGAGUUAGGAUACAACCUUGCACCGAAGAAGACCACAGCAGGCUGACAGCUUUGUUGGACAAAAUUGACUGCUACUAUUACACCUAUACAUGCGACCGUAAACGACCGAUAAAAUACGUCAUCAAGGGUAUUCCCACCUCGCUGUCAUGCGACGACGUCUCGAACGACCUCGAGGGAAAAGGGAUAAGCGAUACAACCGUCCAUAGGAUGAAGAGCCGGUCCAAAGAGAUUCCCCUGGUUUUAAUUUUCGCGCCCAAAAAAUGGAGGACAAAGUCAAGGGCAUCAAGACAUGUUGCCACCUACGUGUUUCAAUUGAGAUGUACCGCCAACUGCGACGACCCACGCAAUGCCAUCGCUGCCAGCGCAUUGGACAUGUCCAAAGGAACUUGCACGAAGCCGAGGGAGGAACCAGCAAAGUGCCGCAACUGCGAAGGGCCACACCCCGCUAGCUACCGGGGUUGCAAAGCCUUCACGACGAAGACACCAAAGACACCAAAGCAAAUCAACACAACCAAGGCCACCGCGUCUAUCGUUCGACAAGCGAUCUCAUAUGCGAAAGCGACAGCGGGAAAGCCAAGAACAGAAAACCCUUCAACUUCAACAGAGACAACAACAAUAUUUGACAAAAUCGACCUGACUACGUUCAAGACUGCAAUAAUCAACCUCGCCAACCAACUCAAAGGAGCCACAACUCCAGGCGAAAUACUCCUGUACCUGUUGGGCAACGUCCACAUCUUACUAAAAAUACUCCACAAAUAA